ACAUGUCACAGCAGGAAAAGCACAGGUGCAAAUAAUAAAACUGAUAAUGGCUGAAUUCCAUUUAGCUGCUUCAGUUUCAGGAUCCUGGUAUUGUGCAAGCUGGCUCUCUGUCACACUGUCAUUACUCACCUGACAGGACACCUGAAUAGAACGGAGCCAUCGUUAAUGUUAUUAGUAACACCAAAUGUACUAAAGAUCAGAUCUCACCAAUUAUAACCUUAUUUCUGUUUUCUUUUUUUGCAAAAUUAUAAUAUGUUAUUUUCCAAAAAGCUGAGCUACUCCAUAUUUUUUCCACAUAUUCCCUGGCAACUGCAGAAAAUACCUGCUGGGAUACAAGUACCUCUGGUUGGGAAACAAUGAAUAAGGAUCUUAAACAUUUAGGAGUGGUAUUGCCAUAACUCUCAAGAUUCAGCAGGUCAUGCAUGAUUUUUACCAGCAGAGGGCAGAAGAGGCUCCUUUAAAUGCAGCUAGAGAACUAUUGUUGAGAGUGGAGAUGAAGAAGGGGGGCAAAAUAGAGGAGGCAGCUGCUGCUUUGUCAGUAGUGUAAUAAUGGUGUAUGUGGAGAUUAAAUAUACAGUUUAAGAGGAAGAGCUUUGAGUCAGUGUGUAGGUUUGUGAAGAACAAAAUGGGGAAAUCACAUUGCAGAUAGCACAUUGCGCAUCGCAAACAAAACUCAUGAGACCACAUCUGCAGAACAACCACUACACACAGACUAUUUGAGUUGCCCUUUGCACACCUGUUUUCAGAUUGUCUCAUGAGCUGUCAUUUAAAAUACACCGCCAUUUUCUACUCUAGCACCAAACCACACAUCCACUGUGUCUUUGGUCCUCACAGACGCCACACCUCAAAAUAAUUGAACCCCCAAAUCUCUGGGGCUCAACUCCCUCUUCCCACAUUACUGACUCCCAGAAAGAGACAUCACAGGGAGCAAGAACUGUACUCACUAUUAACACCCCCCCGUGCUAUCGCUCUUUUCCCCUUGCAGCUUUAUUUUUAGCAUUCAAACAACUGGUGUCCUAAAAAUGGGCCUGUCCUGCAUGGGUAGGGGGAGAGGAGAGAGGAGUGCUGCUAUGUAUGGUAUCCACCCCCCAGUACCUCACAGGCCCCAACAGCACUCCUCUUUCGCCUUUGUGUCUGCAGAGGGAAGGCAUGAAGGAGUGAUUACAGUAGGAGAAAGAGUUGCUAGACUCUGAAGAUGCUUGUAGAAGUUGGAUUUCUCUGCACAGCUUGGGAUGCUUGAGAACUGCCACUGACAGACCUCCGUUUAUCUCUAAAACUUUCUGCUGCAUUUCCUACAUUUCCCUACCCAUUCACAGGGCUUAGGUGACCUUUUAGAUUGUACAGUUUUAUACUGUGAACCUAAAACCAAACUUUGAUUUUCCGGGGUGUGUGGUAGCUCCGGACCAUGCUCUCCCUGUGGUUGUUCCUGUUCCCUUGCCUGAGCUUAGUGCCUCUGGCCCCGGCCGAGAAGGGCCUGGAGUUCCCACAGUAUGACGGGAAAGACCGCGUCCUAGAUAUCAAUGACAAGAACUACAAGAAAGCCUUGAAGAAGCACAGCAUGCUGUGCCUGUCCUACCAUGGGCCCAUACCAGACAACAAGGAGCUGCAAAAACAACACCAGAUGACUGAGUUGGUGCUGGAGCUUGCAGCUCAGGUUUUGGAAGAGAAGGGCAUUGGAUUUGGAAUGGUCGACUCCCACAAAGAUGCAAAGGUGGCAAAGAAACUGGGCCUGGAAGAGGAAGGCAGUGUGUAUGUUUUUAAGGCUGAUCGGGUGAUCGAGUUUGACGGCUUGCUCUCUGCUAACACCCUGGUCGAGUUCUUGUUGGAUCUGUUGGAGGAGCCAGUGGAGGUGAUAGGAAAUGCUCUGGAGCUGAGAGCCUUUGAUAGGAUGGAGGAAGACAUCCGCCUCAUUGGUUACUUCAAGAGCGAGGACUCUGAUCACUAUGAUGCAUUUAAAGAAGCUGCAGAGCAGUUCCAGCCCUACAUUAAGUUCUUUGCCACAUUUGAGAAAUCUGUGGCCAAGGAGCUGACUCUGAAGUUGAAUGAGGUGGAUUUCUAUGAGCCCUUCAUGGAGGAGGCAGUCACCAUCCCAGGCAAGCCUCACUCUGAGGAGGAUCUGGUGGAAUUCAUAACUGAACACAGGCGACCAACUCUGAGAAAGCUGCGUGCAGAAGAUAUGUUUGAGACCUGGGAGGAUGAUAUUGAGGGCACCCACAUUGUAGCUUUUGCAGAGGAGGAGGACCCUGAUGGUUACGAGUUCUUGGAGAUCCUGAAGGAGGUGGCCAGAGACAACACCCACCUACCUGACCUCAGCAUCAUCUGGAUUGACCCUGAUGACUUUCCCCUGCUGAUCCCCUACUGGGAGAAGACCUUCAAGGUGGACCUGUUCAGACCACAGAUUGGAGUUGUCAAUGUUACAGAUGCUGACAGCGUGUGGAUGGAGAUGGACGAUGACGAGGACCUGCCCACCGCCCAGGAGCUGGAGGAGUGGAUUGAGGAUGUGCUCUCUGGAAAAGUCAACACUGAAGAUGAUGAUGACGACGAUGACGACGAUGAUGACGACAAUGAUGACGACGACGACGAUGAUGAAGAUAAUGAUGACAAUGAUGGUGACGAUAAUGGUGAUGAGGAGGAUGGCGACAAUGAUGAUGAAGAGGAUGAUGAUGAUGAUGAUGAUGAUGAUGAUGAUGAUGAUGAUGAGUAAUACAUAGCCAUGGAGAAUAUAUGUUGACUCUUCAGUUUUUAACAUAAAUUUCAGACAAACUACUGUACAGUAAAAUAAAUAAUUCCAAAUUUGUACUGAAUAUGUGCCUGCUAAUAAUAAGCAAGUCUAUUUAAUAUCCAGAAAUGGAAUGGGUUUUGGGAUUUAAAAUAAAAUAUAUACAGUAUAUACUUAUAUGUCUGGACCAGACAUUUGCCUCAAAUUACAUUUUGACAUUCAUAUAUAUAAAGUCUGUUAAUAAUAAAUGACUGUCGAUGUCACUAUCACUGUCAUCAAAUUCAUUUCUUCUUUUAAACAAGUAAAUUGUGAAAACCUCAAUCUUCAAGAGAAACACUGCUUACUUAAAUAUGUAAACAUAUGAUGAAGUUUAUUAGAUACAUAUUGUUAACAAUUAAAACAGUGGUUCCACAAAAAGUAAUGUCUAUUGUGGGCUCCUCACUUCAGAGUAAAGAUUAGAGUCCAAAAUAUAAAUACAGUCUUUUGUAGCAGAACUUUUUCUUUCUUCUCUCCUACCUCAUUAAUCAUCUCAUGAGCCCUCUAUGUCAUCAUCUGUCAGAGCGAGUAGUUUCACUUUUAUACUUUUAAGUGCAUUUUGCUGAUAAUACUUCUGUACUUUUACUUAGGUGAAAUGUUGAAUUCAGGACUUUUACUUGUAAUUGAGUAUCUUUACAUUGUUGUAUUGGCAAUUUCACGUUUCAAGUAAAGGAUCUGAGUACUUCUUCCACCACUAAGCAGCACUUUAAAAAUGUAAUUUCUUUUACUUGUAAUCUGUACAAUUACAUAAGUUGUGGCUCAUUGUCCUCAGUGUCAAUAAACCAAACUGGCUGGUAAAUGUG